AUGACCUUUAAUGAUACGUUGAGCCCUAGAGAUGAUGUUAAUGGUCAUGGCACCCAUACACUAUCAACAGCUGGAGGUAAUUUUGUCCCUGGAGUUAGCUAUCAUGGACUAGCAAAUGGGACUGCAAAAGGAACAGCACCAAAAUCACGUGUGGCAGCCUAUAAAAUAACAUGGAAAUCUCCAGUCCCUCAUGAAGAAGCUAUCACUAGUGAAAUGGAUAUGUUGGCUGCUUUUGAAGCUGCUAUGGAUGAUGGCGUGGAUAUCAUUAAUUUUUCCAUGGGACCAACUGAAUUUGUGGAAUAUACAAAGGAUGCUGUUGCAAUUAGUACUUUUCAUGCUAUGAAGAAUGAUAUUCUCGUAGUCGCUUCUGCAUCAAAUACUGGACCCUCGCCACAAACAGUUGAAAACACAGCCCCAUGGGUGUUAACUGUUGCUGCAUCAACUGUAGAUAGAGAGAUUUCUUCCUACAUCAUUUUGGGAAAUCAUCUAAAGAUCAAGCCUGAUAUUACAGCUCCUGGAGUAGAUAUUCUUGCAGCCUUUCCUCCUAAUAAAUAUAAAACUCCAUACUUUAUGAUAAGCGGAACAUCCAUGGCAGCUCCUCAUGUAGCAGGUAUUGCAGCUCUUAUUAAAAAAAUUCAUCCUGAUUGGACAACUGCAGCCAUCAAAUCCGCAAUUAUGACAACUGCAACUCCCCUAGACAACACUGGGAUGCCAAUACGUGACUGUGAUAACGCGAGUGCUGCCACACCUUUUGCAUAUGGGUCGGGCCAUGUGAGACCCAACCUUGCAAUGGAUCCCGGAUUGAUUUAUAACCUCAAUCAAUAUGAUUACCUUGAUUUCCUUUGCACAUUCCCUCAUAACAAUACAAUCUUGGAAAAGUUCAGUAAACAACAUUCUUAUAAAUGUCCAAGCUCCUUCAAUAUCUUGGAUUUUAAUUAUCCCUCCAUAUCUAUUCCUAACUUUACCGGCAAAGCAAUUGUUACUCGAGAGUUGACAAAUGUUGGACAGCCAGGCACAUACAUUCCACGCAUCGAAGCACCCACUGGGGUUUCAAUUGUUGUGGAGCCUAAGACUUUGGUGUUCUCUAAAAAGGAUGAACAAAUCAAGUUCAAACUUAUUUUUACAGCUGAUAUUAAUCAUCUUCCCAGUGAUUACAUAUUUGGAAGUUUGGUUUGGUCUGAUGCUAAACAUGUUGUCAGAACCCCUAUUGUAGUCAAGGCCCAAAAAGCCUAA